CCUGGCCUUUUGUGUAAGGAAGUGAACAUGUUGACAUUGUAAUGGUCGCUGAAGGAGCAUUGAAAGAAAGCAGCUUGUUGAUGCGUACUGCAGGCCAGCAGAAUUCAUCACCCACAUGUGGGGGGACAGAUGUACAUGGACUUGAGGGCUCACAUCUGAGUCUUCUGGGGUCCAGUCCUAGUGUCCAUGCAUCUGAUAGUACCUCCACACAGACCUUACCACAGCACCUAGGUAAACCAGAGUUCCCUGACACAGGAUGGGAUCGUAUCAAAAAUAUUUUCUACAGGAGCGAGGGUCAGAUGUACUCAGAGGAGUUAAGGAAUAUAGUAAAGAGUGGGAUUGCUGCAGCUGUGGUUGGGAUGGUCUAUGGAGGCCUGCCAGGAGCAAGGCAUGCCCGUGAGAGGUUCAUCCAGCUCAGCCAGGCUGAAAUUUACCAAAACAGAGUGGAUGCAGUGCGCUCAGCCCAUAAUGCAGCUAUUCGUGGGUUUGUGCGCUUUGGCUGGAGGUGGAGCUGGAGGGUAGCAGCUUUUGUGACCAUGUUUAACACUGUAAGUACUGGACUGACAGUGUACAGAGACAAAAAUGCUCUGAGCCAUUUUGCUGUUGCAGGUGCUCUUACAGGAGGAGUGUUCCGGCUGAAUCUGGGACUUAGAGGGCUACUGGCUGGCACGGCCAUAGGAGCUGUACUGGGGCUGCCGGCUGGAGUUGUAAUCAUUGGUCUGCAGAAGCUGGGAGGUGAGACCAUGCAUGACAAAAGACAACGGGAAAGACAAGAGCUACAUGAGCUCAGAGUCGCUGAAUGGAAUGCUCGUCUCAAGCUUACAGAUGAUCUCAUUGGGGAAAUGAAUUGUGAGAAACAUCAGGACACUGAUAAUGACCUUCAACGAAUAGAGGAGCUCCUCAAUCAACCUAGGAAUGAAAAAGGUGCAAAGAGCCCUGACAGCCAGUAACAUCAGAGACUGGAAAAUUCAUUAACCAAAACUCCUGGCCAAACAUUCAGACUAUGGUCUUUCUAGGAUGUUCUACUAAAUUUCUUGUACCUGCUCCCAGUAUAUGUGUCAGUCACCAUCAUUAUCAAUGCAAUGCUUCCCUUCAAAUGCAAAUGUUAUUUACUGCACCUAUGUGUAUUACCCUAUUUAUUUUAAAACCUGCAGAUACUUGAAGCUGUUGCAGUUGGGUAAAGUAUUUGGAUUAGACACAUAUACAAGUAACAGAUGUUUUCUGUGUUGUAAUUGUAAUUGAUGGGUUUCAUCCAAGUAAAACAUCAGUACCAAAUAAAGUCAGCAGAAAAGGAAAGUUCAUUUUACAGAAUAAUGUAUUUUAAAGAUAAUUUGUAAAAUCCAAAUAAGUUUACUAAACAAUACUUUCCGUACUUGUUCAAUGAACCAUUAAUGCUUGUUCUACCUCUGAGAAAAAAAACUAGAAAGAUGGCCAGAGUCCCUGCUCACCUGUGUGAACUUUCCAUAGGAGGCAUGAGGACAUAAAAUGUAGCCAAUAAAAGGGCUACAAAGUGACAUGAAGAACAGAUAUUUCACAUUUUUCAUUAAACAUAUUUAUAUAUUUGCUAGAAAUAAAAGCUGUUUUUUUUUUUUUUUUGGCUGAAUUUAUAAACAGCUGAAAUUAUGAUUACUUUUUUUGCUGAGCUGUUAACUCAUGAAGUAAGGAAUAUUAUAUGUAGCAUUCCAACAUUUUUUAAAGAGAAAUAACAGUAUGCUACAACCAGGGGUUAUGGAGGUUUUAUGAAGAUAAAAAAGAUCCUUCUAAGACCAAGUAUAGAAAAUAUAAGGGAUAAAUUCAAAAAGAACACAAUAUGAAAACAUGUUUUCUAAAUGUAAUUAGAAAAUAUUAACUUCCUACAGAUCUUCAUUACUUUUUAAUAGCUUAAGACUUGAAUUGCUCUGCUCUCAAACAAUAUGAAAUAUGUUAAUAUCACACUUCAAAAAAUAAGUUUAAUCAAGAUACAUGUAAACACGUCUUCUUUAUGAGAUAUUAAUAUUAUAUAUUAUAUUAAUUAGAGGAGCUUAGAAGUAAGUUUGUGAUUAACAAGAACAUAUAUCUGCAAAUAGUGUCAUAAAAAUCAAAUUCAAUCAAUGGGAAAGCAAAUUUUAAUUCCCCAUGGAAAAAAUAUUAGUUCUUGUUUUAAGCAUAAACUCAGUUUUGUUUCUCAACAUGAAUUCAUAUCUUUAUUUCGUAUCUCUUUAUUAUGCAGUAAAUGUAUCUUGAUUCAAGGACCUUUGUAUAUUUGUAUUGGAAAGCAAAAUCACUAGGCAAGAUUUUUUGCAAUGCAUCUUUUUGCUCUGAGUUCUGCUUCUUCUGCUUUAAGAUCCUAAAGCUUUAAUUUGUAGAAGCAAAUUAACUCUCUUUAAGCCCCGCAAAAGUAUAAAUAAUAAUAAAAACCUGUAUAACCAC